AUGAGGGGCCCUUGCUCCCUGCCCUACCUCCUCCUCCUGCCGCUGGGUGCCUGCUUUCCUCUGCUGGAUGGAAGGAGGCCCACAGACGCCAUGGGAGGCAUUGGAGCCGGGAUGAGUUGGACCCACAUGGCCGAGGGGCACAGACCCCUCUUUGGGUGGAGCCUCUCCCAGUGGCCGAGAGCACCGAAGCCACAGGUGGCCAAGGAGCUACAGGCCUCACGCAGAGAGCACACUGGCUCCCGCCUCGGGAGGCAGGACGGCACGGAGGCCACCAGCUUCCUGCCCACAGAUGGCAAGAAGACCAGCGGGUCCUUAGGGAACCUUGCUGAGGAGCUCAGCGGCUACAGCAGGAAGAAAGGUGGCUUCAGUUUCCGCUUCGGCCGGCGGUGA